ACGAAGCAUCUGAAGAACCAAUUGAUGUUGGGACACUGGGGCAUCAACAUCGUCCAGCCAAUCUGCAAGAUUUUGCAGAUGUUGACAGUAGGCCGCCAUGGUGGUGUUGCCUUUGACAGUGAUCCAUCCCCGGAGGAGAGCGUCGAGUUAGAGCCACUCAUCAUCGUCUUCAGAGAGAGGGACGAUGGAGCCAUUGAUGUAGCCUUGGAGAUUGAAUCGGUGCACCAAGAGGAGGAAAAGGCGACUCCACUUUUUGUAGUUCGGUUGAGAGAGGCUGAGAAGAACUGGAACAUGGAGUUUGACAUUGGAGAUCGUGGUGAAGGCAAGAUGAGGGGUUUUUUCCGGAGUGGAGUUGAAGGUGAAAUGUUGAAUGAAGAUGGAGCAAGUGUAUCUUCUCCAGUUGAUCACUUCGGCGAUGAAGAUGACAUGACUGCGGAAGAGCAGCUGAACCGUUCCACGAGGAACGGUCGACCGGAGGAGACCAGUGAAGCAAGUGAGCUACAGACGGUAGACCUGGUGGACCGUCCCGCUGUCCACGGUCGACCAUCCGAGAGGCAGAAAGAUGGACCUCUGGGAGUGCAACCAACGGUCGACGUGGUGGACCGUUCUGAUAACCACGGUCGACUGUCCGAAGGGCAGAAACAUAACCUCGAGAGGGAUGAUGAAACGGUCGAUCGUGUUGAGGAAAACGGUCGACCGUCUCUGCGGCAGAAAGAAGACGCUCGGGAACCAUUACAGACGGUCGACCCCGUGGACCGUUCCACAGUCGACCCCGUGGACCGUCCUCUCUCCAGAACACAACAGAGACCUUGGGGCGUGGUCAGCGGGAAAGGCGCCCAAAUGUGAGGCUUGCAGACUAUGUUACGCAUGUG